UUGUGUAAUAUAUUUUGCUUUAUAUUUUAAAUAAAUAUAUUAAGUGUAUACGUGUCAAGUUGAAAUUCUAAAAUUCUCAGUUCAUAUGCUUUGUAUGGAUGUUUAUGCUUCAUAAAAGUGGUAAAUAUUAAAAUGUUAUGGCAAAUUAAGAGUAUUCAAUACUAAAAAGUAUCAUCGUUUUAAUAAUCAUUAUUUAGAGGAUAGUAUUCAUGUAUUGAUCUGGAACUGCAGAUAGACAUUUUGUUUGAGGCAUGGAAUAUAAAGCAGAACAUCAAAAGAAGCACUUUGUUGUGUAUAACAACAAACAGCCAACGUUAAAUAUGACACUUUAGCAAAGAGGUCAGAAAUACACCACACACUAGUGAACAUGAAGUAUAAAACACGGCUAGUUGUCACAUCAGUAGUUACAGCAACAUUCCUGUUGUAUGUAUUAUUGUUUGCUGAACUCUCAGCAUACGAUGGAGUAAAGGAAUGUAAUCUGUCAAAGGAUACGCUCCCUCCGCGAAAAUUCAAUAACAGCAGAAGUGCAGACUUCAGUGAAACAAACAUUGACACCAGACAGAAGGACCGGGAUACAUCGUUCUCAACAAAGACACUGAUGUAUAACGAUGCGGUAGAGAGGUUACUGGACAGCAUUGACCAGAUCAGCGAAUUUGGAUACAACCGGGAAUUACUUCAAAGGGAAAAGUUCACUGAUAUGGCUUUACAAUUAGGCAGGGAUUCAAGAGUUAAAUCAAAGUUGUUACUCCAAUGGGGCAGCCACGAAGAGUCAGAAGAAGGUGAUAAUCAUUUUGUAAGAUUCCACCAUAACAUUCGAGCGGGUGCCCUUUAUAAUCCCGAAGAUCCGCACAUCGACGGUCUCCUGAAAGACAUGGCUACAGAGAAAAUUCAAUACGUCGCCGUAAUCAAAGAAGGUACAGAGCUGAAACUACUUUUUACAUAUCGUAAAGGUGCCAAGGCAGUCUUUAAACCCAUGAGGUGGGCAAGAGAAGUGGAGACACAACCGGAUCAUUUCUAUUUCAAUGAUUAUGAGCGGCAUAAUGCUGAGAUUGCAGCGUUCCACUUGGACAGAGUUUUGGGGUUUUAUCGUGUUCCACCGGUGACAGGUCGAUUUCUUAGUGUUACAAAAGACUUACUGCCUCUUGCUGACAAAAAAUUCAAAAAGACGUUUUACGUAUCUCCAGCUGGAAACAAUUGUUUUUACGGCUAUUGCGACUACUAUUGUGAUAGCAACCAUCCAUUCUGCGGGAAAGGGGAUGUUAUAGAAGGUUCUAUCAUGGCAUGGUUACCGGACGGACGGGAUGCAUCUAGGGACAGAUGGUUUAGUCCUUUCAGGAGGUCUUACAGUAAGUUUAAUAAAGCAGAAUGGGAAACAGACGAAGGGUACUGCAGGAAGCUGAUGAGGAAACAGCCUUAUCUCUACAAAAGAUUUAUUGGUGAUUUCAUAGACUCUCAUGUAUUUGAUUUCAUUACAGGAAAUAUGGACCGGCAUCAUGUGGAAGUGUUUCAUUAUCUAAGAAAUGACAGUUGCCCCAUCCAUCUAGAUAAUGGGAGAGCAUUCGGCAAAACUACGGAUGACGAGUUUUCUAUCAUAGUUCCACUUCGACAAUGUUGUAAAAUCCGGAAAUCCACUUUUUUGAAACUUGCAAAACUAUAUAUAGGACCGGAAAGACUUAGUGAACUUUUAGACGAUUCUAUGAAAUCGGACCCUGUUUAUCCAAUACUGUUACAGGGUCAUUUAAAUGCCGUAGACAGGCGUGUAGUUCAUAUAUUAAGAAUCGUCGCUGAAUGUGUAGAUCAAGCGAAAUCAAUUGACGCAGUAAUAAUAAAUGAUCCUUAUUAACAUUACCUGUCUUUGAUUAUAUAACAUUUAUUUUUAACUAAAUCCAUAAUUGACUGUUUGAUCUUAUUGACCAUUUCGAUACCGUUUCUUGGAAUUAGUGUUUGACAUACAUAACUAUAUCAAUAGCUAGUUAAUAUUUAUCCGCACUGAGAUUACAUCAUUUAUACGUGUACAUAUAUUUUAACAAGGCAUAAAAUGUUCUUCUGUAUAUUGCAAA